AUGGAGACUUUGCUCCAGAAUGAGCUAAUGCUUAAAAGUGGCGAAGUGGUGCCAACGUCUCAGGCACUUGCGGGGAAAAAGGUCAUUGGUCUUUACUUUAGUGGCCACUACUGUCCACCAUGUCGUAAGUUUACGCCACUGCUGGAUCUGGUGUACAAGAACAUUAAAACUGCUGGUCACGAAGAUUUGGAGAUUAUUUUUGUGUCUUCGGACAAGGAGGAAGCCAAAUUUAUCGAGUAUUUUCAAGAAAUGCCAUGGAUUGCUCUACCUUAUCGACGUCGUGACCUGAAACUUGAGCUUUGUGACAAGUUUAUUGUCAAGACAAUACCCACUCUUAUCUUUUUCAAUGAAAAAGGUCAAGUCGUGGAGCGUGAAGGCCGCUAUUUUGUGACAAACCACUUGAACGACAUUGACGCCAUCCUCACCCAUCUCCGUCAGGAGAAGAAGACCGAGUAG